CAGGCCCACAUACCAAUUUAUGGUCAAAUUUUCAUGACCACAACACGGUUAUUUCCGCUAUUGUUAUUUAAAAAAUAAUCAGAAGAAACGAGAGGGGAGAGAGCGCUAUAGAACGUAACGCAGGUAGCUUAGCGUUAAGGUUGAAAACUGAUCUCAUCGUUGGGUGACUGGUGACAGUGGAAUCUUGAUGCGAGCUCAAUGCGAGGCUGAGACAAUGAAGUUGGUGAUCGUAGAUGUGAGAGCCCCUGCUUAGUCAUGAGCAACAGCCACCCCUUACGGCCACUGGCAUCUGUGUCAGAGAUAGACCAUGUUCACUUGCUAUCAGAGCAGCUUGGUGCGCUGGUUCCAGGAGAGGACUACAGCGAUGUUACAUUCAUCGUGGAGGAAAAGCGCUUCCCUGCACAUAGAGUCAUUCUGGCAGCACGCUGCCACUAUUUCAGAGCGCUGCUGUAUGGUGGGAUGAAGGAGUCCCAGCCCCAGGUGGAGGUGUGCUUGGAGGAGACUCGGCCCGAAGCCUUCUCCAUGCUGCUACAUUACCUGUACACCGGCCGUGCAAGCCUCAGUUCUGCCCGUGAAGAAGUGUUACUGGACUUCUUGGGCCUGGCCCAUCGCUAUGGCCUCCAGCCACUAGAGGACUCCACCUGUGAAUUCUUGCGCACUGUGCUGCACACCCACAACGUGUGUCUGGUGUUCGACGUGGCCAGCCUGUAUAGCCUCAGCACACUCAGCGCUGCCUGCUGUGCGUAUAUGGACUGCCAUGCGCCUGAGGUUCUGGCUUCUGAUGGCUUCCUCGCUCUCUCAACGACUGCUCUGCUGACAGUGGUGAGGAGGGACUCAUUUGCAGCGAGCGAGAAAGAGAUAUUCCAAGCGCUGUGCCGUUGGUGCCGGCAGAACGGCGAGGGGACGGCAACGCAGGAAGUGAUGUCAGCAGUGCGACUUCCUCUCAUGAGCUUGACGGAGAUGCUGAACGUGGUGAGGCCCUCCGGUCUGGUGAGCCCUGACGACCUGCUAGACGCCAUCAAGACCCGCUCUGAGAGCCGAGACAUGGACCUCAGCUACCGCGGCAUGCUGAUCCCAGAGGAGAACAUAGCUACGAUGAAGCAUGGCGCCCAGGUAGUCAAGGGCGAGCUGAAGUCUGCGCUGCUGGACGGAGACACGCAGAACUACGACCUGGACCACGGCUUCUCCCGACACCCCAUCGAGGACGACGGCCACGCCGGGAUCCAGGUCAAACUGGGCCAGCCCUCCAUCAUCAACCACGUCCGCAUCCUUCUGUGGGACAGGGACAGCCGGUCGUACUCCUACUAUAUUGAGGUGUCCAUGGAUGAACUGGACUGGGUGCGUGUCGCGGAUCACGCCAAGUACCUGUGCCGCUCCUGGCAGAAUCUCUACUUCCCAGCCCGAGUGUGUCGGUAUGUGCGCAUCGUGGGAACGCACAACACCGUUAACAAGGUCUUUCACCUGGUUGCCUUUGAGUGUAUGUUCACCCAUCGCUCAUUCAUUCUGGAGAAAGGACUUCUGGUGCCCAGUGAGAACGUAGCCACCAUCUCCGCUUGUGCCAGUGUCAUUGAGGGGGUGAGCCGAAGCCGAAAUGCCCUGCUCAAUGGGGAUACGAGGAAUUAUGACUGGGAUUCGGGCUACACCUGUCACCAGCUGGGGUCCGGGGCCAUUGUAAUCCAGCUGGCUCAGCCCUACAUGGUGGGCUCCCUAAGAUUGUUGCUUUGGGACUGUGACACGCGCAGCUACAGUUACUACGUCGAGCUCUCUACCAAUCAGCAGCAGUGGACCAAGGUGGUUGACCGAACAAAGGUGGCCUGCCGGUCCUGGCAGACGCUGAGGUUUGAAAAACAGCCAGCCUCCUUCAUCCGCAUCGUGGGGACCCACAACACUGCCAAUGAGGUGUUCCACUGUGUCCAUUUUGAGUGUCCGGCACAGCUGGAUACGGAGGUGAAGGAGGGAAGCCCCGGGCAGGACUCUUCUGAAUCAAGCUCAGCCUCCCAGCAGGCCCGGCCCCCACGACCCGCCCGGUCCCACAGCCUGCUCCCCUCUCAGCCUUCCUCCUCAUCAUCACCAUCCUCACACACCCAUCACUGAGGAGCAUGCAGCUACAGACUCUAGGGGCUUAAUGAAUAUCCAAAAGUAUGUUUGCACAAGCUCGUAUCUCCAGGGUGCACUCUGCUCUAUGCUGCUACGCAAAUUUUAAUGAUGAUGAAUAAUGUUAAUAUUCACGAUGUAGAUAAUAAUCUGUGAUUAAUUUAUAGAGGAGUUAUAGAUCUUUUACCCAAGAAAAUCUCUCCUCACUUGGCACUUAAGUUUUAAACAGUUUUUUGUUAUGCCCUCAUUUUUAAAAGCUGUCGAUCAGUGUUAUCCGUUUGUGUAUUUAUGUGUUUAAAUGUGCCUUGUCACUUUAGUUCUGAUUGGUUGAAAUAGAUAUUGCAGUAAUUGAAUUUCAUGAAGGAAAGCAUAGGGUUAUUUUAAAUAAGUUUAAAAUAUAUUGAGGAAAUGUAACUGCACCAUUUUUGCAACAUAAACCCAGUGACAUUUUUCUCAAGAACAUAAAGCUUUAAGGAGCUUGCCGUUGUGCUCUGAGAGAACGUCUACAGAGGAUAAACCAUGACCCUGACAUUCUGUGGGUCCACCCACCACUAACAUGAUCUGCAGUGCAAAUAUGAUAUUGGUGUCUAAUUGCUUGCAUUUUUUGUCUUAUCUGUGACUGAAAGCUUUUGUAUGACUAAAUUGUACUGUAUUAUAACUGACUGAACAAACACAGCUAGUAAAAUUAUAUAUUGUACAUUGUGGGAGUUGACCCAUAGGUUUUGUAAUUUGAGGUAAAGCAGACCUGGUCCCCAAAACGAUCUGCAUCUACUAAAUGUCCAUAGCUUUAUUUCUAUUGUAGGUUUUGCUGGUUUAAUUCCAUGUAUAAUUAAAUUUUUUUACUUGGGGUGCUGAAGUUGCUCUCCUUCCAUCUGUUAUUUCUUGUUCGUGGUCUGAUAUCUCUAUGCUUCAGUUUUUUCUGUAUCUCCCUCUUCCCCUUCUUCUCAGUUUUGUGUGAGUGUCCCUCUUCAAUCUUCUUUAUUUGACCUUGUACAACUGCCAUGUCCACAAAAGUCUUUCUCAACCAGAAGCCAAAAUGUAGAAUGGCUGUAGAUUAAACUUUGACAUUUAUAGACUGCUGCAUUUUUUUAUUUUUGGAGCAGAAGUACUUUUUUGCUGGGCUGCAUUUUAAUUUGUUCUGUUUGUGUGUGGACUAACAUAGUGAAUGAAUGAUCAGUCAUUUAGGUAUGACUGUUUCUGAUAUCACUGUCAUUACCAGAGAUCCUUAUGUGAUAAAAGGCUUGCGAUAUGACCUGUGUUUUGUAUCAUAAUUGCAUUUACCUACCGUAGCCUGACCUUGUGGGUCAGGUUGGUUGUUGUGUAUACUGCUUUAGGCCACUAUAUGCUGCUGGAGGACAGGAAGUAAAACCCUGGGGUACAGCAUGGCUUCUGGAUAACUACUGUUGCAAGGAAGGGGCAUAGAUAUUUCCCUGCACAUAGCUUCAGUUCCUCUGGGUUUCUACUUGGCUAGGAGAUUAAAGACUAUUCCUCCUCAUCGUCCUGUGUCUGUUCAUACUGGCUAGCUGCACCUUCUAUGAGCCAUGAUCUUGUAAACAUUUAUUUCAUUAAAAAUAAGGACACUGAACAAAA